GAUUGUCCCAGACCAGCAACUCGUCUGUCUCACAUCAAUCAGGCUGCCGUUGAUCACCCAAUACGGGCCCUCGAGGAUCUCUCGGGUAUCCACCUUAAGAAGGGCAGGACAAUCAGCUGGAUAUUCUAGCCGAUAAAGGGCUGCCACCAUGACAUACAACUUUGACAGCUCGUCCUUCAGCCUGGACCAAGCUGGGCUGGAACUGUCGCUCAAUGAUUUUGCGUUUGAUGCAGCCCAAGCUAGUCAAGUCCAGCAGCGUCUUCAGCAGCAGCAGCAGCAGCAGCAACAGCAACAGCAACGGCAUCUCCAGCAGCAGCAACAACAGCAGGAGCAGCAGCAACAGGAGCAGCGACAACUUCAGAGCCUCCUCCUUCGUAACGACCCUUCCCAGCAGAACCAAUCUGCCUCCAGCCAACCCCAACCACAGCAUACCAUGGUUGAGACCCCUACGACAUCUCCCCUAGAUACCUAUGACUUUCGCUCAUCGUCCCUCAGCAUCGAUAUGAUGAGCAACAUGCCGACUUCGGCCACCACCACCCCUGUUUUCCAGACGCAUCCGGACAUCAAGAUGAACGCACUCCAGCAGCAACUGCAGCAGCAGCAUCAGCAGCAGCAGUUCAUUUUACAACAACAGCAGCAGCGACAACAGCAACAGCUCCACCAGCAACAACAACAGCAACUUCAGCAAUUGCCCCAACAACAAGUCCAGGCACAAGCACAGGCACAGGCACAGACGCACAAGGAUGGAGCAAGACAACAGCUACUCACGCCUGUCGGAAGUGAAUACUACUCAACAGGUUAUACCCAGUACAUGUCGCCAUUGGGUAUCCAGCCCGAGUCCACGUCUGAAGCUACGAUGGUCAUGCCCGAUCACUUUGAGGAUGAAGAGGUCUUCUUCACGCCUCUUAUUUCGCCUGCCAUGACUCCUUCUCAUCCGUACUCAAACCUGCCCCAAGCCAUGUCGGCGGCGAACGAGAUCUUCUCGCCCCUUACGUCGCCAGCGCUGCAGCCGCAUCGAUCCUCUCAGCUGGACUACCUGACAUUCUCCGGUGCGAGCCUCAAUUCGUUGCCUGUGCAAUUCCAGCAGGCACACCAUACUCAGCAGCAACAGAUCCAGCAACAACUCCAGCAGCUUCAAUCACAGUCGCAAUCCGAUGCCCAGCAACAACAGCAUGCUAAACAAGGCUCAGGCACAAAACACGCCCGCGUUGAUAUCGGCAGUCCCGCUGCAAAUGGACAGCGUCCUCCCUUGAAACGAAGGACGACAGUCGAGCGCGCAAGCACUGGACUCGCAUCAGUGAUGCCGCGCCCUGGACCAGCAUCGGCGGUCGCCGGUGGAGGCCCAGCUCUCGUUGCGCUGGCAAAGGGUUCGCCGGCUAUCAGGCCUUCGAACAGUAAUCCGUUGUCGCCGCCAACGCUGAGAAACACGAGUCGCGUUCGGUCAUCGUCUUCCACCAUAGCGCCUUCCUCACCCCUCGCGACGCAAUACCCAAUUAAUGGCAACAGCAUCAAUAUUCGCCCCACGCCCUCUCCCAUUAUGACAUCGACGUCGCAGCCUUCAAGCAGCCAAGGCACCUUAGCACAAUCUCAGCCGUCGCCGUCGCCACAUCUUGUCACCAACAUGACUCAUCUAUCGAUGCUCCCAGCUUCACCGGCCAUGUUUGCACUCCCAGCAUCGUCUAUGAUGCCGCCACCACGUUCGCCCAUGUUCCUGCCUUCACAGCAGACCCAGAAUCUAGUCCAGACACCCAGGCAGCUGAGUAUAUCGCAGCAACCAGGACAGGCGCAGCGACAGCAACAACAACAACAACAACAACAACAACAACAACAACAACAACAACAACAACAGCAGCAGCAGCAGCAGCAGAAGCAGAAGCAGCGCCAACUUCCGGUUCACCAGCCGAUUCAACCAAGUCAAGCACCUCCAAGCGCUGUAAUUUUGAAGCCGGCAAUUACCACCAACACGACAGUGGCAUCUGUCCCAUUGGUUCCUGCCCAAAGCAACGGGGAUAGUGUCGGUCAAGGAGAUGGAGCCGCGACUUCAAAAGCUGCAGUGUCCACCACAACCACACCCCCCGUGUCCAGUGCGUCAACAUCAGCUUUGGAACCCGUAACACCAGCCUCGCUCAUGAACCUGUCCGGGUCCGAAUCAACUCCAACAUCUUCACCAAAGUUCACAGCAAACACCAAGGCGCGCGCCUUGAUCGCCAAGAAUAACAACGUUAAUAAUACCAACACAGCGUCGGGGAAAUCAUCUGGAAUACCUGGAUCGAAAGCAAUCUCGUCAUCAUCAACAUCAAGUAGCUCUGGAUCGAAAAGGAGCAGCGGCAAGAGGCAGUCCAUUGGCAACGCCGGUGCCCUUGCCCCACGGACUCCUGGAACGCCUGCCAUAAUCUCGCCGAUGCCACCACCGACAGCGGGGUUUGCUGCUCUGAUCUCGCCGGCGCUCAAGCCAACCCUGAUGCCUCAGCCGCCCCACCGAGGAAGCAUCAGCGCACAGCCCAUCCUGGUGUCCCCAAGAGUCCAGCCUAUGUUGGUCUCACCCAGCUUGAAGCCGUGGCUGCCUGGAGUUUCUACGACGGAGGCCAUGGCCCGACUAGCAUCCAAGUCCAACUAUCAGAAUAUUUUGGAUGGUGACCACAAUGCCUUGGGUCUCUCCUACAACACGGAUCUUCACUCUGGCAUCGAGCUGCGCCGGACAUCUCACAAGGCCGCAGAGCAAAAGCGCCGCGACUCGCUCAAACACUGCUUUGACGACCUCCGCCAUAUGAUCCCCAAUAUCAACGACAAGGCUCCGUCCAAGGUCUUUCUUCUCAAAAAGUCCUUUGAUUACAUCUGCUCGCUCAAGUCCGAUAUGGCUCAAAGGGAUCUGGAGAGGGUCCGAUCAGAGACGCAGCAGGAGUUCUUUGUGGAGUCGCUUCAGUCUUGGCUAGCCACCUUGCCAGAUUCGAUCGCAAGGCCUGAUCUUGAUGCAUGGAAAUUGCCGGAACAGGUAUUGGACGACAAGACAAGGACCCAGAUUGAGACAGCCAGGAUCGCGGCAGAUAUCGCAGAACAGAGCGCUGCGGCGGUCGAAGCUGCGAGACAAGGAAACCAGCAGAGCGGGAGCAAGGAUGGCAAAGGCAACAGCAACAACGGCAAUGGAAACAAUCAAGGUGGCGGCUCUGGUAAUGGUAGUGCGUCCAAUGGUUCAAGUAACAACCAAGCCAACGCUCAGAAUGGCACUGCUCAGGGCAGGGAUGAUGACGACGACGAUAGUGAUGAUGAGGGUUCAAUCUCUGCGUCUGCAUCAGCCAAUGCCUCAGAUGCUGGUCCUUCUACAGCGUUUGCGUCCAAGGAGCACAGGCCUGGACAGUCGACCGAUUUAUCAAAGUGCAGCUCCAAUACUACGGCCAACGGUGCUCAAAUGAACAACGAUAAUUCAGGGGAUUCCGAUAUGAGCUUGCGUGAAAAGGAUAGAUCGCAAACGAAAGCGUCGUACGGAGGUCAGACUGCGCCAAGGAAUGGAUCCACUGGCAGUGCUGCGAAAUUUUCCACGGAAGAUAAAGGUUGUAGGAGUCAUAGGGCUCGUUCUCGUUCCAUGAAGAGCGGUGUGGGUGAGGAGGGCGACGAUGAGGAAUACCAAGACGAUGGCGAUGGCGACGCCGAUGAGGAGGAGGAGGAGGAGGAGGAGGACGAGGACGAGGACGAGGACGAGGACGAAGAUGAGGAGUACGAGGACCAGGAAAUGACGGAUGCAUCUGGUCAGCCAGCAUGAUUUUACACGAUAUUCAUUUACAACAGAGCUGCAUUUUUGUAACCCAUUCAUAGCCCGCACUCGCGGCACAGAGCAUUGACAUAGAAGUAUUUCAAAGCUGGUGAAAAAAAGAAAAGAAAAAAAGAACACAACAACCAAGGACAACCAUGAUCAUGUUAUGAGUUGAAUUUGUGUGCAAAGGCUACGUGGUACCGCUAUUCUCUUCCUGUUCGGCGUCUUGUUGUUUGUCAAAGUUAUAUGCAACCUGCAGUCCGCAUCAAGGCUCUUUUGUGUCACCCUGCGCUUGACGCCUAAUCAACGCGACUUCAUCGACAUCGCCUCAUUUCGAGCUGUGUUCUCUACUGUCUG